AUGGAAGCCUAUCAGGUUACUUUUCUGAAAUUGUAGGAAAUUUAUCAAUUUUUUGGAAAAUACAGGACAUUAUCAUAUAGCUAAACCAUUACUAAGUUCAAAUGGAUUGUUUCAAGAUUGGAGAUUAGAAAAAAACGGUAAAUUUGCAAAUUGUAGAUAGUUUUAUUCGAAAUAAUUUUCUAAAUGAAUAAAAUUUUCAAAGCCUAAUAAUAUAAUUGUUUCAAGUUGUAAAGUGGAACGCAUUAGCUUGUUGUUUAAGAUUUUAUAUAAAGGAAAGGUCGUAUAGAAAUAUUAUAAAAGAAAUUCAAAUGGAAAUUAGCCCUUAAGGUAUUUUACAAGUAAAUAAGCUUAUUUCUCCAUUCUUUUGUUUUUGGUAGCGCUGCACAACUUUUUUGCUCAUCAUUAUUUUCAAUAAGGAUCUAUCUUAGGAGUAAAUCAUUUUUCAUUUCUAAAAUGUCUCUCUUAGAGUAAUAUAAUUUGGAGCAUUAUUUGGGUUAAACUAAUUUGUGAUUUAAUUAGAAUUUAUUAUAUUCUUAAGGGUGAAUUGAUGAAGAAGGAUUAAAAAAGAAUGCUAAUAAUUUAAACCCAUUUUAUUGCAUAAUUUUCAAGUAUUAUGGCCUGCUUUUCCACAUUCUCAUUUUUAUUAUUUUAUUAACAAAAAGUCUAGGUUUUAUUUUUUUAUUGAAGUACGAAUUUUGGUUUGUAAAAAUGGGGAAGCUCCAUUUCUUUUGA